UAAACUAAUCUAACAGUGUCUCAUUUACAUCAAUUCAAAGUUUAGAAAUGAAUAGACACACGACAACAUUAGUCGUACUUUCACUACUUCUCGUGGUCUCCGAUCAUACAAGGCUAAUGAUUCGAGUUCACUCGUACGUACCGUUUUGUGCAUACACAUAUGAUUAUUUCUCUUAUUGUCUUGAAUUUCUCACGGGCAAUUAUUACAAACCCGGUAAGAAAUGUUGUGUCCAUAUCGCAAAACUUAACAUAAUUGCCAAGCACAAAAAAGAGAAUCCGAGACUUCUGUGUAAUUGUGUUGAGAUGAUGACGAGAGGUUAUACGCCUCCGAUGUUGGCUGAUAAGAUCCAAGAGCUUCCUCCUCUUUGCAACACACAUCUCAGCUUCCCUAUCUCCUCUAGCAUGGACUGUUCCACGUAA